AUGCGCAGAGCACUCUGUUCCCGGUGGCUGACCCGGGCGUUUCAGACGACCGAGGCAUUGUCGCCGGCUGGCCUGCCUCUCUUUCUUUGCCCUGCCGUUGACGUCGCGCGGAAGCUACCGGUUGCGCCUGUGCGAAUCUCUCGCAGCAUUGGUGAGCAGCGGCUGAUUCAUACGGAUAAUUCUGCACCGAAAGAGGAUCUGGAAACAGCGGAGAUCAACUCAGAAGAACCGCGAAAGCUUCCCGUCGCCUGUACUGGCUGCGGCGCAUUCACCCAGACGACCGACUCCCAGCAGCUUGGCUACUACGAUGUCGCCGCGAAGCGUGUACGCCAGUGGCUAGCUCCUCCAAAACACGAGUUACAACAGAAGAGUCUUGAAGAAAACGAAGUCAUCAACAAUGUCUUGAGCUCCAUGGAUAGCAAUCAGUUGACUGCGCUUGGGUUCGAUGCCAGCACAUUGGUAGUUGAGGAGCCGGUGGUUGCACAUUCUCUGGAUCUGAAACCACCAGUUUGCGAUCGAUGCCAUGACUUGAUACAUCAUAACGCCAAGUCACCCUCUGGCAGAGUGCCCAUGUUCCAUCCAACAGUGGAGUCGCUGCGAGAGACCAUCGAGGAAUCGCCACAUAAAUACAACCAUAUAUAUCAUGUUAUCGAUGCCGCCGACUUCCCCAUGUCGCUUAUUCCGAGAUUAAAUGUCUUGCUGGGGGACAUUCCUCUCCGAACUCGGAAUAGACGUUCACGGGCGGGCAAGUUUCUUCGCGACCGACAAACUGAAUUGAGCUUCAUUAUUACCCGAGGCGACUUGCUAGGACCUACGAAGCAAUCUGUUGAUGCGCUCAUGCCGUAUCUUCGAGAAGUAUUGCGAGACGCUUUGGGUCGUCUUGGUAAUAGAGUGCGUCUUGGAAAUGUUCGCUGCGUGAGCGCCAGCCACGGCUGGUGGACAAGAGAUGUGAGAGAAGAUAUAUGGAAUAGGGGCGGCGCUGGAUGGAUGGUUGGAAAGGUCAAUGUCGGAAAAAGUCGUCUCUUUGAAGAAGUCUACCCAAAGGGUCGUUUGAAUCAUCCAGAGGCUUCGGUCGGGCCUACGGUCAUCGGCCAUAUUGCACCCCGGCAAGAAGACACGGAGGUCGGGGACUUGCUCCCUCCCGCGCAAAGCGUUACCAACUACCCAGCUAUGCCUGUCGUCUCUUCGCUUCCUGGAACAACGGCAUCGCCCAUUCGCAUCCCGUUCGGCAACAAGAAAGGAGAGCUGAUUGACUUGCCUGGAUUGGCCCGCAGUGACUUGGAUCUAUUCGUCAAAGAGGACCACAGGCAAUCUCUCAUAAUGAAGAAGCGCAUCAUUCCCGAACAAGCCACAAUCAAGCCUGGCCAGUCUUUAAUUUUGGGUGGCGGAUUGAUCCGGAUUACACCCUCGUCGGAAAAAAUAAUAUUCCUGAUGUACAACUUCACACCUCUGGACGAUCAUGUCACGAGUAAUGAGAAAGCGAUCGAUUAUCAAGCGCAGAAAAAGUCGUUUGGGGCACAGGAAAACAUCUCUCUUCCAGAUACUGCAGCCACAAUUAAGCAUGCAGGCAGGUUUGCCCUGCAACACGAUGUUACCAGGCAAAGAGCGGGACCUCUGACAAGGAAAAACGCCCUCGGUCUAAGUGUAGAUCGACUGCCAUUUCGCGUCCUGUCGGUAGAUAUCUUGAUUGAAGGUGUCGGCUACGUCGAGAUUGUUGCCCAAGUUCGCACCAGAAGCCUCUACCGAAAACAGGAGAACAAGGACAGCACGGAGGAUACAGAGAAUCCGGAGAGGGUGGCAGAAGACUUGAAAACACCGACUUUGGCGUUGGACCCUUUUGAGACGAUGAUGCGCCAGCGGCGAGACAAUGACAAGACCGGCCGUCCGCAGGCUCCAUUAAGGUCGGAAGAGGAGUCACCCCGCCAACUCGAACUCGACCUGCCCUCGGUUGAUGUAUAUACUCCAGAGGGCCGGUUCGUUGGCACACGAAAACCGAUUAAUGGAUGGCUCAACAAUAAGCCGAGGAUCUCUGCAGAGCACAAGAAGAGCCGCCCUAGGAAGAGCAUGAAAGGCCACAAGAAGAAGGUCAAGUUUGAGGCUAGAGCCGCUAAAGCCGCCUCUACCAAAAGAAACGCAUUGUAG